AGCCAGCUGACUUCAACUGCGGACUGUGGGGCUCCGCAAUGGAGCUAGUGGCUUCACAGUUAUCUCUAACUCUUCCCAGAAAGAAAUUUCCUUCUCACACUCUAUUUCAUGGGCUCAUCUCCGGAGCUAUAUGCCGUCAAAUCCCACUUGAAUUUUCAUCCCAGUUUGUUGCUUUUAUAAAUAGGAACGGUCGUUUUGAAGCAUUUGCCCGUAAAAAAGAGACGGUCAGCGAACUAGAGUGUAGCAGAGAAGUCGAAGGAGCAGAGGAACCACAUACCUCUUCUUCUCUGGACGAUGACUUGUCUUUCUUGUCUCUUAGCGAGAAACCUGACAGAAAUUUGGCUUUGUUGGACGAUUAUGAAGCGGAGGAGCUUGAUUAUGAUCCCCACCCUGACCACCGAAGCGGGUAUGUGGCUUUACUUGGGAAGCCUAACGUCGGGAAGAGUACACUAGCAAACCAAAUGAUUGGCCAAAAGUUGUCUAUAGUUACACAGAAGCCUCAAACAACAAGGCACCGUAUUCUUGGUAUAUGUUCUGGCUCAGAUUAUCAGAUAAUACUUUAUGACACACCUGGCGUUCUCAAGAAGGAAAUGCACAUGUUGGAUUCAAUGAUGAUGAAGAAUGUUCGCAGUGCUGCUGUUAAUGCUGAUUGUGUAUUAAUUCUUGUUGAUGCGUGUAAAGUUCCUGAAAAUAUUGAUGAAGUGUUGAAUGAAGGUGUAGGAGAUCUCAAGGAUAAGCCUCCCACUCUACUGAUUCUUAAUAAGAAGGAUCUUAUCAAACCCGGGGAAAUUGCAAAAAAACUUGAGUGGUAUCAGAAAUAUACUGAUGUUGAUGAGGUUAUACCAGUUAGUGCUAAAUAUGGUCAUGGCGUUGAAGAUGUCAAGGACUGGAUACUAUCAAAACUUCCCAAUGGACCAGCAUACUAUCCAAAGGACAUUGUCAGUGAGCACCCAGAAAGAUUUUUCGUGGGUGAAAUCAUUCGAGAAAAGAUCUUUAUGCAGUACCGAAAUGAAAUACCCUAUGCUUGCCAGGUGAAUGUUGUAAGCUACAAGGGUCGGCCCAAUGCAAAAGAUUUCAUACAAGUGGAGAUUGUUGUUGAAAAAAAUUCACAGAAGAUUAUACUUAUUGGAAGAGAGGGAAAGGCUUUGAAACUUCUUGCGACAGCUGCCCGUCUGGACAUUGAAGCCUUUCUGCAGAAGAAAGUUUAUCUUGAGAUUGAAGUGAAGGUGAGAGAAAACUGGCGACAAGAUGAAGGGCUUCUUAAGAACUUUGGAUAUGGGGGACAGAUACGGGUUCUUUAAUGUGAAGAUACAUAGAAACGUUCGUCAGACAUCAAUCGUAUUUAAGAUCAUCUUGCUAAAGGUGGCAUCAGAACUUGAAUAGCAUGAGAUAUUGAUUGACGCUGCCUCCUUCCUCACCUUUUAGCCAUGUCAAGUGAUCCCCUAUAGUAAAAAUGGGGAUCACCACUAACGACCAAAACAGUUAAAAAAAAGAAGGGAAGAAAAAGAUCUGAGUUGGAAAGAAAUUAAUGGUGAUACAGCGCCCGCAUGGUAGUAUAUUAAAUAGAGAUUGCAGAGCAGGAGAGUUGAAAUCGAUGAAUCAGGGAUUCAACAGUUUCAGGGGAACUAUCCCAAGACCUGUUUUUUGUUCCUUUGUAAUGAGAUACAUGAUAAUAGCAGCCUCACCUAAAAUUUUAUUCUGGAGUUUUCUUUUUCUUGAAUCUAUUUUCCUGUUUCAUGUGCUAAUUGUUUGUUUUUUAUGGGUUUGCAUUAUCUUCAUGUCUAUCAGCCCCUUGGAAUCUAUCUAAUGAAGCUAAAUUAUGUAACUUGCCAA